GCCUCGAAGAUGGGGGGAGUGUUUUUAGGUAUGCCAGGAACGUGGGCAGGUCAUAUGCACGAAGCUGCUGACCAUUAUACAACAAAAAUCGGUGGACUUCCUGAUUGGCCUAUUCCUCUUCCUUCAGCAAGUGUUGAUUUAUUCAAAUGCAGUUCUUGUAAAAGUGAUUUGUCUCUUCUUGCACAGGUUUAUGCCCCAAUCUCACAUAAGAGUUUGAACAUUGAAGAGCGUGUAAUCUAUGUUUUUGGCUGUUUGAUGCCAGAAUGUGGGAGCACUACUGUAAGCUGGAGAGCUAUUAGAAUCCAAAAGUCAGUAAAUAGUGAAGGUUUAAAGAGCCAGUCUGAUAAAGCUGUCUCCUCGUCUGAAUCUUCUGUAUCAGAUUCAAAGGAAGGAUGGAAGAAGGAUAUAUCGUCAUCUGACUCUUUGGAAGAGGAUGAUGAUGAAGAUGACGAUGACAUAGACCUUGCUGAGUUGGGUAGAGCACUUUCUGAAGCUGCAAGCCUAGCUUCUCAGUCCAAGAAACAAAACCAUGGUCGUAAAUUAACUGCCAAAACUUCAUCCCCUGUCUGUGCAGACAGAGUAAUUGAUAAAAAGUUACCAGUGAUUCCUUGCUUCUAUAUAUAUGCUGAGGAAGAGAAAUUUUCAAAAAAGGAUGCUUCUGUCUAUUCAAAAAACAUCUCAUCUCCAAUCAAGGACCAUGAAAGUGAUCCUGAUACUAAAGAAGAAACAUGGGAGGUGGAAGAUUAUGAGUACGAUAGGGCAUUGAAUGCUGACAGGGUUUACCUUAAGUUCAAAAAGCGAGUAGAUGCAUAUCCAGAACAGUGUUUCAGAUACUCAUAUGGUGGAAAGCCGCUUUUGGCUUCUGGAGAUGCUGGUGAUCCAGGGAUGUGCAGGCUUUGUGGUGCAGCACGUCAAUAUGAAAUGCAGCUGAUGCCCCCAUUGCUAUAUUUUCUGCAGGAAGCCGUGAGCGAGAAAGAAAAAUAUGCCUUGGAUAACUGGAAUUGGAUGACUUUAAUAGUCUAUACUUGCUCACAGAACUGUUCAAAAGAUAACUCUAGCGAUGAUGGCUGGACUGUGGCUGAGGAAGCUGUUGUCGUACAAUAUGAAUAGCAUCGACUAAAUUAUCAUAUGCUGUUUCGUAUGAUUUUGUGAUAUUAGGGUAUAUUUUCGUCAUAAUUUUUGUUGUUAUUAUAAAGUAGAUUAGUAGCAGGGUUGUAACAGUCAAUUGAGUCAAGGGUGGGUUUCUUUUUGCUUACAUUGUUUUUGAGUUUGCUGUUACUUGGUGUUAGUUAGUGUCGAAUGGUUGAGAUGCAAAUUGUCAAAUUUUGGUUCGGAUCAUGUGUUCUAUUGAAUUGCAGAACAUCAAAGACUAUAGAACACACUUGUUUUGGAAUGGCAAUGAAAA